AUGGAUUCAACUAAGGAUAGAGUAGAAGGUACAAGAGCCACAGUUAUCGAAAUCAUUGGAAGAACAGGUAGAAUUUAUCAAUAUUAAAUGCAGGUUCUAGAGGUGGAAUUACAUAAGUUAAGGUUCAAUUGGUUGGCUAAUAAAGAACAUUGAUUAGAAAUGUAAUGGGACCAGUCAGAAAAGGUGACACAUUAGAACUUAUGGAAUGUGAAAGAGAAGCCAGAAGAUUAAGAUGA